AUGAACCAGCUCGCGGGCUUGCUCCGGAGCCGAGGUGUCCAUCGAUUGCGCUGCGGCUGGCACUCUGUCCUGGCUGUUGGCAGGCAGACCCAGCGCUACGCUGGGUUUCGGACCGGCGAAGGCUUCGGCAGUCUGAUCCCCGCCAGGCGGAGAUGGCAGCACGGCUCGGCCAUCCCGGGGACCAACCAGCCAAUCCCCGAGUAGCCGGGGAGCCCUGAGCGAGCAGCGCUUCAGAAGGUGCUCGCCGACCUGAAGGGCCGGACGGAAUCCAUCCCGUGCGUCAUCGGGGGAGAGGAGGUGUGGACGCCAGCGGUGCGGUACCAGCUGUCGCCAUUCAACCAUGCGCACAAGGUGGCCAAGUACUGCUACGCCGACAAGGAGCUCAUUAACAAAGCCAUUAAUGCUGCCUUGGCAGCAAGGAAGGAGUGGGACCUGAAACCUGUCCAAGACAGAGCCCAGAUCUUCCUGAGGGCGGCUGACAUGCUGAGCGGCCCGAGGAGAGCGGAGGUGCUGGCCAAAACCAUGGUCGGGCAGGGUAAAACAGUCAUCCAGGCGGAGAUCGAUGCUGCUGCGGAGCUGAUCGACUUCUUCCGAUUCAAUGCCAAGUACGCCCUGGAGCUGGAGAGCAGCCAGCCCGUCAGCGUCGACGUCAGCACCAACAGCAUGGUCUACCGGGGGCUGGAGNNNUUGGUGGCAGCCGUCUCUCCCUUCAACUUCACGGCCAUCGGUGGCAACUUGGCAGGGGCCCCGGCAUUAAUGGGCAACGUGGUGCUGUGGAAGCCCAGCGACACCGCCCUGCUCUCCAGCUACGCCGUCUACAAGAUCCUCCUCGAAGCCGGGCUCCCUCCGAACGUUGUGCAGUUCGUGCCGGCGGACGGGCCCGUGUUUGGAGACACCGUCACGAGCUCUGAGCACUUCUGCGGGCUCAAUUUCACCGGCAGUGUGCCGACUUUCAAGCGGCUCUGGAAGCAGGUAGCCCAAAACCUGGAUCGCUACCGCAAUUUCCCACGCCUGGCUGGAGAGUGCGGCGGGAAGAACUUCCACCUGGUGCACAGCUCGGCCGACGUGGCCAGCGUGGUGAACGGGACCCUGCGCUCGGCUUUCGAGUACGGGGGCCAGAAAUGCUCGGCUUGCUCCCGCCUCUACGCCCCGGACUCGCUGUGGCCCCAGAUCAAAGAGAAGCUGCUGGAGGAGCACGGGAAGAUCAAAGUGGGAGACCCCGCCCAGGACUUUGGGACGUUUUUCUCUGCGGUGAUCGAUGACAAGGAAAUUUUCGGGCCUGUCCUCACGGUGUACGUGUACCCGGAGCAGCGGUACCGGGAGGUGCUGGAGCUGGUCGACAGCACAACGCCCUAUGGCCUCACGGGGGCAAUCUUCGCCCGGGAGAAGAGCAUCGUCGCCGAAGCCAGGACCCUCCUGCGCAACGCAGCCGGCAACUUCUACAUCAACGAUAAGUCGACGGGCGCCGUCGUGGCUCAGCAGCCCUUCGGAGGCUCCCGCAUCUCAGGCACCAACGACAAACCGGGUGGCCCCCACUACGUCCUGCGCUGGACGUCUCCCCAGGCCGUCAAGGAAACGCACGUGCCCCUGCCGGACUGGCGUUACGCCUGCAUGCAGUGA